UCUGAACGUUGUUGGUGGGCUCUUCGCGUACCUGAAGCGUAUGAACCAGCCGCGUGGCGGGCGUUCGCCAGUCGCCGGACAUCUGCCCCUAGGAGGUUUCGUUGACUCAGCAUCAGUAGAACUGGGAGGUGCUGGAUCUUCACAUACUCAUCAUGCAUUUGGCGAUGCCCGCAGUGUCCAAACUCCAGUGCCAACAUUGGCGAACGAAAUGCACGUGGGCGUCACAGUGGACGCAGCAGCAACGGACUCGGACGGCGCAGUUGCUGCCUCUACGCGGAAAGAGGUUGUCAGGAAACCAAUGGAUCACGUCGGAGGCGUCCGGGGAUUGAGCGCAGUGCGCGUCGGGCGAUCACGCUCCGGCGUUUCCACUGUGAAUGAAGGCAUUUGUUCAGAACGUGUCUCUGAUUUUUUUCGCAAUGCAACUGCGUCGAGUGGUGUUGAUUCUGCUCACGAGAAAUCAGCGGCUGUGCCCGAGGCGGGGUCGCAACCCAGGAGUGGCGUAGCAGACAGCACUCAGGAAAACCACAAGAAUGGUGCUAAAUCACGGAACGUUGAGCGGCAAUCGCAGUCCUUAGAAUACCAGCGGGGCGUGUCAGAAACGAAUCUUGCUGACAGUAGCAGCAGUGAAAACCUGCUGAAGGACGCGCACUCGCCAGUACGAGCGGCUACUUGUUCUUCGGUCACAGGCAGACUGGGUGCUGGAAGUCUCCUGAAAUCGGAACCGGGACAGCCGGUUUACAGCAGAUCUCCCACGCGGCCUCGCGAGAUACUAGCUACGACCGACGUCGCGGCGCCAAGUGCACAGCUAGAGGAGUACUUGCUCUUAGGAUAUGUCGGUGGCCCCAGAGGUUUUCUCGAGGGACGUUGUAAGAAAAUCACACGCUGGACGCAGGUGAGGAGCUGGCUAAACCAG